AUAAAUAAGGACGCCUCACGACCAGAGCAGAUUCAGUAUGUCUGGUCGGAGGAGAACAAGCGCAGAAGGAUCAAACUAAUGGAUUUACAGAAGCUCAACACCGGGGAUACUACAGAGGACGACUUCCCCCUUCCCGGAUUCCGGUUCCACCCGACCGACGAAGAGCUGGUCGGCUUCUAUCUUCGCCGGAAGGUCGAGAAGAAACCGACCUCGAUUGAGCUCAUCAAACAAAUCGACAUCUAUAAGUAUGAUCCGUGGGAUCUUCCCAAGAUAAGCACAGUGGGGGAGAAAGAAUGGUACUUCUUCUGCAUGAGGGGAAGGAAGUACAGGAACAGCAUCAGGCCGAACAGAGUGACGGGCUCCGGUUUCUGGAAGGCCACGGGGAUAGACAGGCCCAUUUAUUCCGCCGCGGCGGCGACGGGAGGAGCCAACCACGAGUGCCUCGGCCUCAAGAAAUCCCUCGUCUACUACGUUGGCAGCGCCGGAAAAGGCACCAAGACCGACUGGAUGAUGCACGAAUUCCGCCUCCCCACCGGCGCUGGGCAGUCCGCCACCACCCCUCGCUCCAUUAAUAAUACGGACAAGAGCUUGCAAGAAGCGGAAACUUGGACCAUUUGCAGAAUAUUCAAGAGGACAGUGACUUACAAGAGGUAUGGCGAAGAAGCGAGGCGGUCCUCCUUCGCGGGCAGCCCCCACACAGACAGCAGCUCCAUUGCCGAUCAAACAGAUACCACUGAUCAUUCUAGCGGCCAUGGACUAAGCGACACUGUAGAUAAUGUUGAAAAGAAGCCUGCACUGACUUGUAACCAAAUCGAAGCUGGGAGAAGGCAGUACCUUUCAGGCCAAGCAGUUUCACUAACAGCGUUGAACAGAAGCGAUCACCAAGGGAUGGCAUCGGCAGAAUCCAUGAGAGAUUUAACGUGGGAUGAUAUCAGGCCGAUCCUUGAUCUAUCGGACCCUGCAUGGGUUUCGAACGUCUGCAAGUACUCGUGCAUGUAGAGGAGAGGACCAGUAUUAAGUAUACCAGUGCUUUGGAUAUCUUAUGAAUAUUUCAUAGAACAUAUAUAUAACACUUUGGGUAGAGGCUUUGUUUAGUUACCUGUAAAUCACAUCACAAAAUAAUCAUCUUUAUGUGAGCCUUCUUGCGAUUGAGAGUUUUUUUUUUUCUUCUAGACUGACAUCAGUGGCUCCG